AUGGCUAUUCUAAUUUCUAUCUUAUUCUGUUUGAUGUCCAUCAUCUCGUGGACUUUAGCUUCAUCUAAACCACAAGCUCAGAUGGCUAUUUCACUUCCUGCCAACUCUAGGGAAUGUGUUUAUCAUGAUCUUUUAACUGAAGAUGAAGCUUUAGUUGUUGGCUACCAAGUUUUAACUGGUGGGAAUUUUGAGAUCGACUUCGAAGUUACAUCUCCAAAAGGUGUUAUUAUCGUUAGAGAAAAGCAACAGAAAUAUGCUGAUUUUCUAUUAAGAUCUUUCGGUCUGGGUCAAUAUAGUUUCUGCUUUAUUAAUAAUCAUGGUGGUGAUUUUAAGAUGGUUGAAUUUAUCUUAGAAUUAGAUAAUUUAGAAAAGCAAAAUGCUGACGAUGAAUUUAUUCCACCUGAAGAACUAAUGGCUAAAAACUCAAUUGAUGAAAUAGACAGAAACUUAAACAAGAUAACAAAGACUAUGAAUUACUUGAGAGCUAGAGAAUGGAGAAACAUGUAUACAGUUACUUCAACUAAAUCCAGUUUAACCUGGAUGUCUUUAUUGAUCGUUGGAGUUAUGAUUGGGAUCAGUGCAGCUCAAUCAAUUACUAUCCAAUUAUUAUUCAAAAACAAUUAUAAGCAAUGGGUAUAA